AUGGCUCCCACACUUCGCAAGCGCAAGGCCCCCGAGGCUGCUCCCGCUCCUGCGCCUGCUGCUAAGAAGGCCGCUGCUCCUAAGAAAGCUGCUGCGCCCAAGAAGGCCGCUGAGCCCAAGAAGGCUGCUGCUGCUGCUCCCGCUGAGAAGAAGUCCAGCAAGCAGGUUGCUGUUGGCGACAAGAUUGACCUCGACACCUUUGGCGGCGAGAUUGAGACCAACGAUGGCGAGAAGACGACCUUGAAGAAGCUUGUCGAGGCCAGCGGCUCCGGCGUCGUUCUCUUCACCUACCCCAAGGCUUCUACCCCCGGCUGCACCAAGCAGGUUUGCUUCUUCCGCGAUGCCUACGAGCCCCUUACCGCCGACGGCCUCCUCAUCUACGGCCUCAGCGCUGACUCGCCCAAGGCCAACACCACUUUCAAGGACAAGCAGAAGCUCCAGUACCCUCUGCUCUGCGACCCCAAGCAGACGCUCAUUGCCGCCAUUGGCUUGAAGAAGAGCCCUAGCGGCACUCAGCGCGGUGUCUUUGUUGUCAGCAAGGAGGGCAAGGUCCUUGUCGCUGAGGCUGGUAGCCCCCAGGGCACCGUUGAUAGAGUUAAGGCUCUUGUUGAGGAGCUUAAGAAGUAA